AUGUCGACGACCACCAAGAAGACCGGCGGCAAGGCCCAAAGAUCCGCCAUCGCUGAUGUUGUUGCGCGCGAGUACACCAUCCACCUCCACAAGAGAUUACAUGGUGUUUCUUUCAAGAAGCGUGCCCCAAAGGCCAUCAAGGAGAUCAAGGCAUUCGCUACUUUGUCAAUGGGUACCACCGAUGUCCGUCUCGAUCCCCAAUUGAACAAGAAGGUCUGGGAAGCUGGUAUCAAGGGUGUUCCAUUCAGACUCCGCGUACGAAUCUCGAGAAAGCGUAACGACGAGGAGGGCGCCAAGGAGAAGUUGUACAGUUACGUCCAAGCCGUCAACGUCCAAAACCCCAAGGGUCUUCACACCGUUGUCGUUGAGGAUGCAUAAAUGAUAAAAAUCAAAUGGCAUGGGGGAUACUUCUGGAGUUGCUGCAUUUCUGCUUGCUAAGGUAGCGGAAAAUGAAAAGGUCUAACUUUCGAUACCUAAAUGCAGUCAAUUGUUGUGGGAACAUUUUCAUGCACUUGUGAUAUUGGUCUGUGCUAUGAGGCUGGGAAAAGGCAGAUGGGGUCUUUUUCCGAGGAGUUGGGGAAGUGAUGCUUCUCCAGGCCAUGCAAAUGUGCAGUGGAAAUAGUGUGAGGUUACUCUUGGGCCAUCGAAGCAUGCAAACAAGUGAUGCAUCAGAAACCCCCUUCGACAUAAUUUCUGCGAGCUUUGCAGUUCCCAUAUUUCAUUGAGCAUAGGAAUCUUCAAAUCUUGAUACCACAUUGCCAGACUUUCCUGCAGAAUAUCUGAAUGUUUUAUUUCUUGUUCCAUUCCACCGCGC